AUGGCGGCAAUGGAGGAGCUGGAGAUCCAUAGCAAGUCGUACUUCGUACGAUGGAUCAACGUCGGCGCCAACCACACCAUCUCCUGGAGUAUUCAGCCGCACAAGAAGUCGGUGAACUUUGGAAUCUUCAAGCACCCCGGCCAGUCCAGUCUGAGCUCCCAUCUGCCCGCCUCCGACUCCCACAGCACCGAUUCGACCGAGAACCUACCCGCCACGGCCGCCAACGCGGGCACCUCCCGGAACCAACAGUCCACCGUCAUCGAGAAGCUCACGGCUAUUGGUCUCAAGUCGAUCAAGUGGAUUGGCAAGUGUGAGGCAGAUCGCAUCUCUCAGGGCACCUACGAUGUGCCAGCCAGUGAGGCGGGCAAUUACGCGCUGGUUUUCGACAAUACCUUCUCCAAACAAAUCUCCAAGACGGUCACUCUCGUGCUCCUGACCUACCCAACUGGUCUACACCCCCAUGGAUCCGCGCCGCCGUCCAUCGCACGCUCCCACGCGGGCGGCUCCUCCGAUUCCCUGCCCCAGCCCCGAACGCGCCGGCGCGGAAACAGCAAAUCCACCCUGAGCGCGCAGGUGUCGGACUCGUCGGUGCACACGGGAUUGCUGCAGAAGCGUCGGCGGAAGAGACACCAGGGCUGGGCGCGUCGUUUCUUCUCGCUGGACUUUACCUCGUCGACGCUGUCGUAUUACCAUGACCCGAACUCGUCCACGCUGCGCGGUGCUAUUCCACUCUCGUUGGCGGCGGUGGCUACCAACGAAAAGUCGCGCGAGAUUUCGAUCGAUUCAGGCACAGAGAUUUGGCAUCUCCGCGCAAGUAACGAUCAAGACUUUCUGUCUUGGAGGCGCGCGCUGGAAAGAGCUUCGUCAAAGGACUCGCCGAACCAGAAUGAACUCCAUGUUGUAGGAAGGCCACCGCAGCUUCGCCUGACGACGCCGGGACACCCUUCGCCAGAGGAAGAGGCUGAGUGGGCGCAUGUUGAGAAGCUGGUCAGCAAGGUCUCCGGUUCGCGAGAUGCGGUGCGCCGUCUAGCUAGGGAUACCGACCCCAAGUAUCUGGUGUCUCCGGCCCCGUCGCCCAUCGAACCGCCGGGUGGUCGUUCCCCGAGUCCCGGUCCUGCUGCCCAUGAUGCGCCAAGCGCAGAUCCCAAGCGGUCAUUCUGGAAGCGCAAGACCAGUGGGAGCUCGCAAACUAACUCCAAACGGCCGCCCGGUCCUGAACAGACCAACUCCAGCUCGUCCCAGUUGGUUGUGCCAAAGCCAAACGGAAAUGGUAGACCUGCAAGCAUUGCCAGUCAUGCUGAUGGCAUGGAUGAGAUUCAUGAUAACCUGAUGGCUGUGCUGCGUGAUCUUGACCAUGCGGUCUCGGAGUUCUCGACGCUGAUCGCUGAGAGUAAACACCGCCGACACCCGCCGCGGUCUGCCAUCGUUCCUCGGAAGAGUAUGGAGUCAGAUAUCUCGCAAGAAUUCUUUGAUGCAACGGAUGGAGGCGCGGCGUCUCCGCUGUUGACUAUCCAAGAUAGCGACAACGAAGAUGCUGCGGAUGCUGCCGAGAACGUUGAAGAUGAUGCACCUUCAGACAGCGAAGAUGAGACUGAGGCUACAACUCCGCACGACACCAGCAGUGCCUCUCCCUUGUUCCCAGCCCGUCCGAAAUCCCUCGCGCCAUUACCUCUUGACAAGAUUCGUCGACGUCAGAACAUCACAGCGCCAACGGUUCUUCCUCCCAGUUUGAUCGGGUUCCUACGCAAAAACGUCGGCAAGGACUUGUCUACGAUAUCCAUGCCCGUCUCUGCCAACGAGCCUCUGUCCUUACUCCAGCGUGCUGCAGAGAUCAUGGAAUACUCUUCACUCCUCGACCAAGCAGCCCAAGCCUCUGACCCCGUCGAACGUCUCAUGUACGUAACCGCAUUUGCCCUCUCCUCGCUAUCCAGCAACCGUGUCCGCGAACGCUCCAUCCGCAAACCAUUCAACCCCAUGCUCGGCGAGACCUACGAGCUCAUCCGUGAAGACCAAGGCUUCCGCUUCAUCGCAGAGAAGGUCUCCCACCGACCUGUCCAACUCGCCUACCAAGCCGACAGUCGCGAAUGGAGCCUAGCACAAUCGCCCAUGCCCAGCCAGAAAUUCUGGGGCAAGUCCGCUGAAAUCACGACCGAGGGCCGCGUGCGGAUCACCCUACACGCCACCGGCGAGCGCUUCAGCUGGACACCCGCAACCUCCUUCCUACGCAACAUCAUCGCCGGCGAGAAAUACGUCGAGCCUGUCGGUGAAUUGGCCGUUUCCAACGAGUCCACCGGCCACCGCUCCAUCUCCACCUUCAAGUCCGGCGGUAUGUUCUCCGGUCGCAGCGAAGAAGUUACCACCCGCGCCAUCGACUCGUACAAUCAACCCAUCUCCCUGGGCCUAGCGGGUACAUGGCCCGCCUCUCUCAGUCUCACCCGCGACGGCAGUCCCUCCGGCAAACCUAUCUGGACCGCCGGCCCCCUCGUCCCCAGCGCCCCCAAGCACUACGGCCUAACAGCCUUUGCCGUAGCCCUGAAUGAAAUCACAUCUAUCGAAGAAGGUCGUCUACCCGUGACAGAUUCCCGACUGAGACCUGACCAGCGCGCGCUGGAGGAGGGUGACCUCGAUCGCGCGGAGGAAGUCAAAGUCCAGCUUGAGGAGGGUCAGCGUGCGCGUAGGCGCGAGAUGGAAGCCGCGGGUGAGAAUUGGACGCCGAGGUGGUUUACGCGGGUGAGUGAGGAUUCGGAUGGGGAGGUUGUGUGGCGGUUGAAGGGUGGGAAGGAUGGGUAUUGGGAUGAGAGGGCGAAGGGGGGUUGGACGGGUGUUGUGCCUGUUUUUGAGGAUUAA